AUGUCUACAUUUGAUAAUGUUGUCAGUGGAAAGCUGAAACUUAAGGGGAAGGCUCUGGAUGUAAAAGCAGGUGGAAGACUUGAGUAUGGGGACUGGAUGAUUUUGUUGGGUGAAUUUGGGAUUAAAUUGCACGAAGACACACAAAGGCACCUCCAUGACCGAAUGGAGGCACAUCUACAUGGAGACACGGGCAUGUCUCCGUGCAACGGAGCCUCCGUGCACGAGUCUCCAUCUCACGGAGACACGGAUGGAGACACUGUCGUGUCUCCGCGCUCGGGAAAAGUUUUAUAUUUUCUCUAUUUUGAUUCUGAUGUCAAGUGCAAGGUCUCAGCACCUGCCGAUGAUAGUGCUCAUGUCUUCAAAACUAAUGCAGUAAUUCCUAAUUCAGCUAAUACUCGCUCUUCCAAUUACAGAGUCACGGGGGUGCCAGCGGACGGGAGGUGUUUAUUUAGGGCAAUUGCACACAUGGCAUGCUUGAGAAAUGGAGAGAGCUCCUGA